UGGAUCACUUUCGUUUGCUGUUGAAAAAUGACGCCUCCAAAAAUAAAGAAGGUCGUGAUUAAGAUACCGCGUCAUCCGUACUUCGCCGUGCAGGUGGACCAGGGGAACAUGGUGGAGUACCAGCUCCGCAAGUGUCGCGUCAAUCUGGAGCGUCUGAAACCGCCAACCACCACAGGGCCGUUUGUCCUGCAGCUGAAGCCCAAGCCCAAGCGCUGCAUUGUUCGUGUGGCUCGUCUGCCAGAUGUGGCUCGUAGCGAUGUCGAGGAAGACGCAGCCAACGAAUAGGAUAGGAAUAAGGAGAGGACUAGACAAGCCCCCAAAGAGGAGCAAACACAUCUUAUAUGCUUAUAUGGUUAUAAGUAUAUAUAUACAUACGCCUAAGGAAUGCAUUUUUGUAAAAAACUCGACAACCCAAAUACAUUAACUGGUAUCUGUA